AUGAGGCAGGUGGACACGCUGGCUGAGUCACAGUGCAAAGGCCCACGCAGAUUUGUAGGAAGGGGUGGUCUGGGUUUGAGGAAGGGCCUGGCGUUUGUCUCGGCACUCUUUGCAAUUGUGCUAGGGGGCACAGGAACCAUAAUCUACUGGCUGAUCUCCGGGAGAAAAAAUGAGAACCAGGAAGAGGAGCUACCCACCCCAGAAACCCAGUUCACUACCACCAAAAAUGGAGCGGAUCCGAAAGUCCUCGCUGGUGGUCAGGGCUCCUCGUUUCACACAGACUCAGCGUAUUUAUCAAACAACAUCGGGGAUGCGAUCGUGGAUGCACUUGAGGUCAAUUCCACUGUGCACAAGUCGCCCUCACAGGUCCAGCACAGGGAAUGGCCGCAGGCCAGUGCCCUAAUGUACAACCAGGGCAUGAUGGGUUUCCUGGAGGAGCAGCUGACCAAGGCCAGGACAAUCAAGAAGCCGGCUGACGAGCCUGCAGAUGAAUUGAAAAAGUACGAUUAUGCGAUCGAGAAGGGUGACAGGCUGCUCAAGAAACACCAGCGCUUUGAACUGAAGAGCUUCUACAGGAUCCAUGACGCUCGCCGUGCCGUGGAAGGCAUCUGUGGUGAGCUCCUGGGCUACCUUGAAGACUGGGGUGUGCAAGGGUCCCAGGCCAGGAUGGAUCUGAAGCAGGACAUCCCGGAGGAGCUGGUUGAUGGGGACAAGCACCACAUGUACAUGCUCCUGGCCUACGUGCUCAAGGGCCAGACACUGUCCUCAGAGCUAAGACGGGACUGGGAGGUGGUGAAGGCCGACCAUGAGAUGGCGCUGAGGGGCCUGCAGGUGAUCGGUGACGAGGAUCUCCAGAUCAAGGAGAAGAUUGGCGAGGGUGGCUACGGCAGCAUGUACAAGGCCGAGUGGCAGAGCGUGCUAGUGGCCAUCAAGGACAUCGUGCCGCCCCACCACCAGCUCAGCCUCGAGGACUUCGCCUCCUUCUUCAAGGAGGCCUCCAUCCAGGCAUCCCUCACCUUCCACCACAUCACCUCCCUCUACGCCAUCACCAAGUCCGGCAGGAUGGUGAUGGAGCUGGCCAGUUGCGACCUGGCCUCCCUGAGCCGGCGGGGCCAGCUGUCAUGGCCCGCAAAGCGCCGCACGCUGCACCAGGCGGCCUUGGGCCUCAGGCACCUGCACUCUCGCUCCCCACCGCUGAUCCACCGAGACGUGAAAAGCUCAAAUUUCCUGGUUUUUGGAACGGAUAUGGACACGUGGACUGUGAAAGUCUCGGACUUUGGCCUCACAGGGGAGUGCACUAGGACAGUGAGCAAGACAGUGCGUGGUGCGGGAGGCACAUUGGAGUGGAUGGCGCCCGAGGUGUACCACAGGAAGCCACUGACGCUCGCAUCGGACAUCUUUAGUUUUGGGGUGGUGAUGUACGAGGUCGUCACGGGGCGGCAUCCAUACGGGGUGGAGGGCUGGGACCCCGCCCGUGCGGGCGCGGUGGUGAUGAACGACAAACUGUCGGGGAAGGAGCCCGUGGAGGUGCGGGAGGGGCAGUGCCCGCCGGAGAUGCUGGACCUGAUGCGGAUGUGCAUUGCGUGUGAUGCUGGUGCCAGGCCCACCAUUGAUGAGAUAUGCAAAGCACUGGCAAGCAUGACUUCUUGA